UAUUAUAAUGGCUGUUAACAAAUUAUGUGCAGCAUUCCGACAAAUAACGAUAAAUAUGGAAAGUAAUAUUAGUGGAAGCUAUUAUUCUUAUUAUAUGUUGAAAAAUCGAAAUAAUGCAAUACAUAUUUCUAAUUUUUCCAAAAGUGCAUUGAAUGUAGCACCUUCCAAUGUGUAUAUUAAAUUCAUGCCAAAAACACUUAAUAUGGAUAUUGGAAAUCCAGAUAGCACUAUUAAAAAAAUAAUACAUGAAAUACCACUAUCUAAAUAUAUACCACCAAUGAAAGAACCUUUAAUAAAAAAACCUAUUGAAUGGGAUCAACCAUUAAUAGAUACAUCAUUCCAGUUUCCACCAACGGAAACUAUUUUAGAGAAAUUAGCUUCAAAGUUAAUAAAAAUUAGAAGACGGAAGCUGAAGAAGCAUAAGAGGAUAAAGUUACGAAAAAAGAUGAAAUUUGUUUGGGCAAAAGCAAGAAUAAACCGUAAUAUACAAAGAGAAAAACUGUUUCAAGCAGAAUUACUUGCAAAAAUUAAGAAAGCACAUGCAUUUAAUGCAAAACAGUAUGUCGAAGAUAAACUGAAAAGUUUAGAUCAAGAAGUAUUACCAAAAACAUACAGAGGAGAAAUAUUACCCAUGGCGAUGAUUAAGCAAUUUUUGAAAGAGAAGCAAGAAAGGAAGGAUAGGAAACUUAAUAGACCACGUUUAAAACUUGAUUAGUAUGUAAAAAUAAUUUUCUGUCGCUGUAGAAGUGAA